AGGGGUGGGCAGGCGCGAGGUCGUCAGCCCCCAGGGCGCCCAUCCCUUUCCUCUCUUCUCCUCCACCUUCUCUCUCGGCCUCGAACUUUCUCCCGAAAACCCCCCGCUUAGCCAAAGUAAGGAGGUACGGGGACACCCCCCGCCCCUCCCUCCUCCACCAAAAGCGAGAAAAAACUUUUUCAGUCGGACGUGAGCGAGGGAUCGAGCACGCGCCCGGCUUGCCAUGGAGCUGCUGUGCGGCGAGGUGGACCCUGUCCGCAGGGCCGUUCCGGACCCCAACCUGCUCUACGACGACCGCAUUUUGCAGAACCUGCUGACCAUCGAGGAGCGCUACCUCCCGCAGUGCUCCUACUUCAAGUGUGUGCAGAAGGACAUCCAGCCCUACAUGCGCAGGAUGGUGGCCACCUGGAUGCUGGAGGUCUGUGAGGAGCAGAAGUGUGAAGAAGAGGUCUUCCCUUUGGCCAUGAAUUACCUGGACCGCUUCUUGGCUGGGGUCCCGACCCCUAAGUCCCAUCUGCAGCUCCUGGGUGCUGUCUGCAUGUUCCUGGCCUCUAAGCUCAAAGAGACCAUCCCACUGACGGCGGAGAAACUCUGCAUCUAUACGGACAACUCCAUCACCCCUCAGGAACUGCUGGAGUGGGAGCUGGUGGUGCUGGGCAAGUUGAAGUGGAACCUGGCCGCCGUCACCCCUCACGACUUCAUCGAGCACAUCCUUCGCAAGCUGCCCCAGCCAACCGACAAGCUGCCCUUGAUCCGCAAGCACGCGCAGACCUUCAGCGCUCUGUGCGCCACUGACUUCAAGUUCGCCAUGUACCCACCAUCCAUGAUCGCCACUGGGAGCGUGGGGGCGGCCAUCUGUGGGCUGCAGCAGGACGAAGAUGUGAGCUCGCUCACCUUCGACGCCCUGACCGAUCUGCUGGCCAAGGUCACCAACACCGACGUGGACUGUCUCAAAGCCUGCCAGGAGCAGAUUGAGGCGGUGCUGCUCAGCAGCCUGCAGCAGUUCCGCGAGGAGCAGCGAGAGAGCGGCAAGGAGGAGGAGGAACUGGACCAGGCCAGCACCCCCACGGACGUGCGGGACAUCGACCUGUGAGGACCGCCGCCCGCCGCGGC